AUGAAAUGGCAUGUUAAUGGUCGUACUGAUGAUGGGGUAAUGUGGCAUCCUACUGACUCAGAUGCAUGGAAAAUGUUUAACAGUAAGCAUUUACACUUCUCAUCUGACCCUCGUAAUGUCAGACUUGGAUUAGCUGCAGAUGGGUUCAACCCCUUCGGAAUUAUGAGUACUAGUCACAGUACAUGGCCUGUCAUGUUGGUACCGUACAAUCUACCACCUUGGUUGUGCAUGAAACGGUCAUCUUUGAUUCUAUCAUUAGUUAUUCCUGUUCCUACCUCACUAGGGAUUGCUAUAGAUGUGUACUUGGAACCGUUAGUAGAAGAACUAAGGGAGUUAUGGGAUGUUGGAGUACAAGCAUACGAUGCAUCUUCAAAAGAAGAAUUCCAAUUGCGUGCAGCAUUGAUGUGGACCAUAAAUGAUUUUCCUGCAUACGCAGAUUUGUCGGGUUGGAGUACCAAAGGUGAGUUAGCGUAUCCUUCUUGUGUCGUGAAAACCGAGUCUCGAUAUUUGAGAAAUGGUCACAAAUUCUGUUACAUAGGACAUCGACGAUGGUUGGAUGUUGACCAUGAUUUCUACAAAGAUGGUAUGUCAUUUGAUGGAUCUAAUGAUACUCGAUUGGCUCCUGAACCAACAGUCACAUCUGACAUUAUUGUGGAAACUGAACAUUUACUUAGACGUUGUCUGGAGAAGAAUGUGAUGGACAAUAUACUAAGCACACUGUUGAACUUGAAGGAUAAAACAAAGGAUAAUUACAAGGCACGCCUUGACUUGGCGGACAUGGGGAUAAGGAGUGAACUGCACCUACAACGAAAAAGUGAUGAUCAGUAUACCAUACUGGCCGCAUGUUUUCAUAUGACUUCAUUGGAGAUAGAUGGUUUCUUGCAAGUUUUGAAGGACGUAACAGUGCCCGAUGUGUACGCUUCCAAUAUCUCACGCCGUGUGAAUAUGAAAGAACGCAAGAUUUCUGGUUUGAAGAGUCAUGAUAAUCACAUAUUGAUGCAGCAACUUUUUCCCAUAGCAUUACGUGGGUCUUUGCCAUCUCAUGUUACUAGGCCUUUGAUAAAGUUAGCUUGCUUCUUUAGAGAAAUUUGUUCCAAAACCCUUAUGGUUUCAGAUAUUGUGUCUAGUGAGGCAGAGAUUGCAGUGACAUUGUGUGAAUUGGAAAAGAUAUUUCCUCCAUCCUUCUUUACAAUGAUGGUACAUUUGGUCAUGCACUUAGCUGCUGAAGCUAAGAUUGGUGGUCCAGUGCACUACCGUUGGAUGUAUCCCAUUGAGAGGUACCUCUCACGUCUUAAGUCUUACGUACGAAAUAGAGCUGCAUCGGAAGGGUCUAUUGCUGAAGGAUACAUAGUAGAGGAGUGCUUAACAUUUUGUUCAUGGUAUAUGGAAGAAGUUGAAACUAUAUUCAAUCGACCCUCCAGGAUGAUUGAGGAGGCAACGGGGGUGAUGUCACUCAUUGGUGCUGAUAAGGAAAGGGAGGGAGUUAGUGAUACCUUUGUUGCAUUGUCCAAAUGGCCGUAUAUUUAUGAAAAGCGGUUCAAGCAUUAUGUAAUAAAUGGCUUAAAAUUUAGGAGUGUAAAUGAUGAGGCAAACAGGAAAACGCAGAAUAGUGGAGUUAGUGUCGCUAUUGAUGGGGGCAAUACUUACUAUGGUAUUUUAAGUGAUAUAAUCGAGUUGAAUUAUUCUGACAAUAUCAAACAUAUGUUAUUUAAGUGUAAAUGGGUUCAUGACCAACAUAGGAGAGGAUAUAGGACCGAUGAAUUUGGGUUUCCUAUGGUAAACUUUACACACUUCAUACAUGGUGGGGAUAAAAUGAUGGAUGAACCAUAUGUCUUGGCAUCUCAAGCUCCACAAGUUUUUUAUGUGGAAGAUAAAAGGCACAAGGAUUGGUAUGCUGUUGUCAAAACUAAAGCUAGGGACAUGUUUGAUGCUGGUGUUGGUCCCCAACGUGAGGAGGAUGACACAUAUAGUUUUUCUGAAAAUGUUCUCUACAAUAUAAGUACUAAUGAGGUUGUGAGUGACCAUCGUCGUUGGGCUCGAGAUGAUCUAAAGGGAAUGACAAUUGAUGCCUCCAUCAUUGCUGAAAGAGAUCUUCAUGGAGUAAACAAUGAAGAUGAGUUUAUUGACGAUGAGUCUGACAAUGAAGAUGACAACAAGGAUGAGUACACCGAGGAUGAGUAG